CGCAGGCCUAAACAGUACCUGCCCCGGGGCCCUGAAGAACUUGUUGACCAAGCUCUCAGUGCAUCCCAACGAGCAUUUGCCGACGGAGUAAAGAGACAGCGGAUUGAGCUGCUCCUACCAUUGAUUGGUGCCACGGAUCUUGAUGACUGGCCUGGCGGGAUAAGGCAACAGUUCAAGGCAGGGCAGCCGAUGGUGGAGAGCCUUCUGCGCAGCCUGAAGAAGGAUGAGGCGUUGCAGGGGCCGCUGUCAGCGCGCAUAUUAGAUCAGGGUGACGCUGUGGGCGCUUGGACGUCACCCCGUCUGGCCGCCAUCCUUUUCCCCACACCAGAGACAUUAAAGCAGGCAUGCACAUGUGGGCAAAUGCCCUGCGAUACACUGAUGAUCAACCCUCAAUGGCAGCCAGGCAAUCUGGUGAAUGACUUUGGCAUUGGACCAUGGAGGCGGAGGUCAGAGGACUUUGUAGCCUCCUUUGAGGAGGUGUACAUCCUGAAGCAGAUGCGCAUUGCAGGAGACAAUGUCAGGCUUUUACGCACAUAUCCAGGUGGUUGGCAAGUAUAUCUUGCUCCAGAAGGACAGGCUCCAGAGCUCAUCACUGUUCUGGAUACACGGCCAUCCUACAAGGAGCUCGAGGACUUGCUCCGAGCUACAGAGGGAUCCAAUGCAGGGAAGACCUGGGUUGAGCGCAUCAAGGGGGAGUUUGCUUUCAAUAAGGACUCCUUGGACAGGAAGUGA